GUGUUGAUAGGAGUAUAACAAAACAUGUUACACAUGUUCUGUAUACAGUAAAGUGCGGUUUGUUCCGGCUUGAUAUCUGAGUUUGAAUGACAAUGGCAUCAGGACCAGAAAGAAACGUGCUUUCAAUUCAAAGUACCGUUGUUUUUGGAUAUGUCGGGAACAAAAGUGCAGCGUUCCCUUUGCAGGUAUUAGGAUUUGAUGUGAGCACUAUAAACUCAGUGCAGUUUUCCAACCACACAGGGUACAAAUGUUUUAAAGGACAGGUACUCAACAGUGAUGAUUUAGCUUGCUUGUAUGAUGGUCUAAAAGAGAAUGGCAUUAGUUCCUUCUCUCAUAUACUAACAGGGUACAUUGGAUCUCAAUCAUUUCUGGAGAAAGUUGCUGAAAUAGUGGUAGAUUUAAAGAAAAAGAACCCAUCGCUAGUAUAUGUCUGUGAUCCAGUCAUGGGAGAUAACGGGGAAAUGUAUGUUCCAGCGGAGUUGUUACCUGUGUACAUAGAUAAAAUAUUACCUAUAGCUGAUAUUGUCACACCAAACCAAUUUGAAGUGGAAAAACUUACAGGGAUAAAAAUAACUUCUGAGGAGGAUGCAAUUGAGGCUAUGACGAUUUUACACAGCAAGGGACCAAAAACCGUGGUUAUUAGCAGCAGUGUGUUUUCUUCUGAUGGCUCCAUUACCAGCCUGGCCAGCACUGUGGCAAAUGGAAAGAAUGAGGUAUACAAAGUCCAGUUUCAGAAGCUUAAUGCAGUGUUUGUUGGGACGGGGGAUUUAUUUGCAGCGUGUCUGUUGGCCUGGCUGGAGAAAGAUAAAGACCUAAAGCUGGCAUUGGAGAAAACCAUAGCAACUCUUCAGAGUGUUAUAAAACGGACAUUUGAGAAGGCUAAAGCUCUAGCCGGGGAUGGAAAUCGACCAACGCCAGCACAAAUGGAGUUACAACUGGUCCAAAGCAAGACAGACAUUGAGACCCCUCCCAAUAUCUACAAUGCUGUAGCAUUAUAACAACGCAAAUAAAUUUAGGUCAUGGAGCCAUUAGACAUUUAGUAUAGCCUAUUUUUGACAUGAUAUUUAUUAUAUUAUAUUAUUUUAUUCAGGUGACAUUUGUACCAAUGAUUGUGAUGUUAUGACAUUGAGGAAUUGGAUGGCUUGACUUUAGCUACAUGUAGCUAGCACUCCUCCCAAUGGAGUUAUGAACAAAAUGACAUGAUUAUUGUAGUGAUAUUUACACAGAAUAAAAUAGAAAAUGGUAAAUAUGCAUAUGGAAUUUUUAAAGAAAUAAGUUUGUAAAUAGCACAUGAAUUGCAGUAAAGGUUUUAUGUAUUAUUUGGAAUGAAAAUUGAAAGAAUAGUAUUAUGCACGUAAGUUUUAAUAGAUAAUUUUUUGCUAUUGUCUUUUGGAAUUUACAAAGGUGUGCUGGAAGAAA